AUGCAGUCAAGUCAGGAUAUCAAAAGCGAGCGUCCCGAGCGUGACUGCAUCCCGUCUACAGAGCACAAGACCAAGUAUCGAGCCAGCGAGUCUGGAAUAGAGCCCCACGGGGGUGAUUUCAUACCACCAGUCACAAAAUACAAGCCCAGAUAUGUCUCCAAUACCUCUGGAAAUGAGACACACGGUGGCGACUACAUUCCCCAGCAAGAGAAUACAAGCCUAGAUAUCAACCCAGUGGCCUGUCAAACGAGCAUCAUGGAGGUGACUCUAGUCCCCCAGUGA